CCUUCCAGCCUCCGCGGAAAGCGGCUCUUCCUGAGACCUUCCAGCUCCGAGUCCGGCGGAACUGAGCUUCGGCGCCGCAGGUUCCCGCUCGGAAGAGGCGACCAGGGCGCUUGCGGAACAUCAACAUGGCGCGGUCGGGGAAUAAGGCAGCUGUGGUGCUGUGUAUGGAUGUGCGUUUUACCACGAGUAACUCCCUUCCUGGUGAAGAAUCCCCAUUUGAACUAGCAAAGAAGGUGAUGACCAUGUUUGUGCAGCGACAGGUGUUUGCUGAGAGCAAGGAUGAAAUUGCGUUAGUCCUUUUUGGUACAGAUGGCACUGAGAAUGCCCUUGCUGGUGAGGACCAGUAUCAGAACAUCACAGUGCACAGACACCUGAAGCUGCCAGAUUUUGACUUGCUGGAGGACAUUGAAAGCAAAAUCCAACCAGGUUCUCAACAAGCUGACUUUCUGGAUGCCCUCGUUGUGUGCAUGGAUUUGAUUCAACAAGAAACUGUAGGAAAGAAGUUUGAGAAGAGGCAUAUUGAAGUGUUCACUGACCUCAGCAGCCCAUUCAGCAGAGAUCAGCUGGAUAUUAUAAUUCAUAACUUGAAGAAAUCUGGCAUCUCCCUGCAGUUUUUUUUGCCUUUCCCAGUUGGCAAGAAAGAUGGAACUGGGGACAGAGGAGAUGGCAACUUGCUCUCAGACCACCAUGGGCCCUCCUUUCCUCUAAAAGGAAUCAGUGAGCAGCAAAAAGAAGGUAUUCGGCUGGUGAAAAAGGUGAUGAUGUCUUUAGAAGGUGAAGAUGGGCUGGAGGAAAUUUAUUCCUUCAGUGAGAGUCUGAGACAGCUGUGUGUCUUUAAGAAAAUUGAGAGGCGUUCCGUGCCCUGGCCCUGUCAACUGACCAUUGGCUCCAAUUUGUCUAUAAAGAUUGUGGCUUAUAAAUCGAUUCUACAAGAGAAAGUUAAAAAGUGUUGGACAGUUGUGGAUGCAAGAACUCAAAAAAAAGAAGAUAUACAAAAAGAAACAGUUUAUUGCUUGAAUGACGAUGAUGAAACUGAAGUUCCAAAAGAGGAUACUAUUCAAGGGUUCCGCUAUGGGAGUGAUAUCAUUCCUUUCUCUAAAGUGGAUGAGGAACAAAUGAAAUAUAAAUUGGAGGGGAAGUGCUUCUCUGUUUUGGGAUUUUGUAGAUCUUCUCAGGUCCACAUGAAAUAUUUUAUGGGAAAUCAAGUUCUAAAGGUCUUUGCAACAAAAGAUGAUGAGGCGGCAGCAGUUGCCCUUUCCUCCCUGAUUCAUGCUUUGGAUGAAUUAGACAUGGUGGCCGUAGUUCGGUAUGCUUAUGACAGAAGAGCUAAUCCUCAAGUUGGCGUGGCUUUUCCUUAUAUCAGGGACUUCUAUGAGUGUUUAGUGUACGUACAGCUGCCUUUCAUGGAAGACUUGCGGCAGUACAUGUUUUCAUCCUUGAAAAAUAAUAGGAAAUGCACUCCCACAGAGGCGCAGUUGAGUGCUGUUGAUGCUUUGAUUGACUCCAUGAGCUUGGUAAAGAAAGAUGAAGAGGAGGGCACCAUUGAAGACUUAUUUCCAACCAGCAAAAUCCCAAAUCCUCAAUUUCAGAGGUUAUUUCAGUACUUGGAAUUCAGCAGUAGACAAGACAAACAAGAUCUCUACUUUCAAGGGUGUCUGCUGCACAGAGCUUUACAUCCCCAGGAGCCUCUGCCCCCAGUUCAGCAACACGUUCUGAAUAUGCUGGAUCCCCCCACUGAGGUGACAGCUAAAUGUCAGGUUCCUGUCUCUAAAAUAAAGACCCUUUUCCCUCUGACUGAAGUCCUCAAGAAAAAGGACCAAGUGACUGCUCAGGACAUUUUCCAAGAUAACCAUGAAGAGGGACCCACCUCUAAAAAACUGAAGACCGAGGGAGAUGAAGCCCACUUUAGUGUCUGCAGCCUGGCUGAAGGCAGUGUCACCCGUGUGAGCAGAACUUGUCUGGUUGGAAGUGUGGAUCCUGCUGAAAACUUCCGUGUUCUAGUGAGGCAGAAGAAGACCAGCUUUGAGGAAGCAAGUCACCAGUUAAUAAAUCACAUUGAGCAGUUUUUGGAUACUAACGAAACACUGUAUUUUAUGAAGAGCAUGGACUGUAUCAGAGUCUUCCGGGAGGAAGCCAUUCAGUUUUCAGAAGAGCAGCACUUUAACAGUUUCCUGAAAGCCCUUCGAGAGAAAGUGGAAGUUAAACAAUUAAAUCAUUUCUGGGAAAUUGUCAUCCAGGAUGGAAUUACUCUGAUCACCAAAGAUGAAGCCUCUGGAAGCUCUGUUACUGCUGAGGAAGCCAAAAAGUUUCUGGCCCCCAAAGAAUAUCCAGAUGAAGACACAGCAGCUGAAUGUGAGGAAGGUGGUGACGUGGAUGAUUUGCUGGACUUGAUUUAGCUCAUGGAUGUGUGGGGAAUCUACCAGAGUUGCUAUCACUGUGGUGCUGAGAGUUCUCUACAGAACAACCUGGAGGAGGUCAUUCAAGUAGAACCGGAAGCUCUGGAGAUGGUCCCUGCAGAUUAUACAGAAGUGAAUCACCUAAUUCCCUGUGGAAUGAAUACGAACAUAUAUAAGGGAUAAUUUAGACCCCAUACAAGUUAAUAAAGAGUCAUUAUUUUCUGAU